ACUUUUUCACUAAUUGUUUUGAGAGGGUUCAUAAUUUUUUCACUUAAAUCAAAUGAAAAUCCAAAUUCCCAUACCAGUUAAAAAAGUAAACGAUUGAUUGUCCAACCCUUUUACGUUUUCAUUUUUUAAUCUCUUCUUCCAAUUUCUUUUGCUUAUUUUCAUCGUGAAAUGCAAAAUUUGCUUUUUGUCGCAGUGCUGCAAUUAUUUUAUUUGAGUUUUAUUUUUUUGUGUUUUGGGGGGAUGUAAUGAAGUGACGGGAGUGAAACAAAUUAAUUAUUGUGAGAAAUGGGGCCGGAAGGUAGCUCCGGUGCUUCGCCGGCGGCGGCGACCGCUAAACGAGGUAGAGAUCCGGAAGAUGAGGUUUACGUUGAUAAUCUGAACUCUCACAAGCGGUAUCUUAGCGAGAUCAUGGCUUCAAGUUUGAAUGGGCUGACGGUUGGAGAUCCGCUACCUGACAAUCUAAUGGAUUCUUCUGUGAGGUCUGAGAUAAUGAUGCCCUAUCUUAGGGAUGAGACUUCUGUACAGUAUUCACCAAUGUCUGAAGAUUCAGACGACUCGAGGUACUACGAGAGUUCAACGAACACUUGUUCUUCGCAGCCCGAGAGUGCUCCCACUAGCCCUGUAUCUCCUUAUAGGUGCCAAAAGCCCUUCGUGCCAGGACCUGCUACCACUUCAUAUCCUUCCCAUGGACCCAUCAUUUCUUCGUCAGCUUCACCACAGUCUCGCCACUGCCAGCGUGGUUCCGAUACUGAGGGCCGUUUCCCGUCAUCCCCCAGUGACAUAUGCCACUCAGCUGACUUGAGACGGGCUGCUCUUUUACGUUCUGUCCAAAUGAGGACACAACCUGUAGGGCUGUCUCAAUUUGAAAUGCAGCUUGGUCCCGGACAAGAAACCGGGAGCAAUAUAGAAGUUGAGGAGCGGCCAUGUUCCUACUUGAAGCUCGAUGUUGAUGAGAGGGGGGACUAUCCCAUUGCUGAAUCUACACCGGUGAGUAUGUCGGAGAGUGGAGACAAGAAGAAGUCUUGCAGGGUUCUCGGCGUGGAUAUGAAAGAGGACAAAUCUGCUGGCGAAUGAAUGUGCCCAGUGGCACUGUGGUUGGUUUUUGGGACGUUUUGAAGUCUCACCCCGGAGAGAAACAGAGCAAAGAAUACUCCCUUGUCUCACUGAUAUAUGGGCAUAUCUCAUUCCAGUUGGAGCAUAAUCGAUUAGCUUCUUUUGAGGUUAUGCUGUUGUAGGAAUGAAAUUUGAACUCUGUUUCAUGAUCUCAUUCAUGGCGGAUUAACUAACAUAUUUAAUCCAUCUUGUGGUCUUUAUAAGUGAGGAGAUUUACAUCUUUUUGGCUGUACAUACCCGAAUCUUCGUCAGCUUUGAAGACCAUAUUUAGUAGAUAAAUAUGUUGAUGGUGUAUUUAGUUUCAAUUUUAACGUUAUUCAAAAUAUUUGCAAUUACAUCA